AUGCGGGGAAAACGCAAUGCGGAACAAGGCCAUUUCCGCGGCUGGUCACGUCAAGCUCGUGAUGCUGCUUUCUUUGGCAAUAGCAGCACAACGAAUCGACGCAAUGAUGAUACGGAUGACGUAGAUACGCUGUCGUCACGUGUAAGCGGUGUGCAGCUGCUACUUCCACGCCGAGACGAGGAUGAUACAACAUCAACUAGAGAACAACGAAACAGCAGUACGCUCCCAAAAGAACGCAAAACAGGUUUAAUGCUGGCAGCUCGAAGCUCACAUGCUAGCACUCCAGAGAAGGCGAAAAAAGAACAGGGGCCUGUCAUCCUCGCUAAAGAUCCAGUUAUGGUUGACGGUGUGAAAUUUAUUAGUGACAGUAUGGAUGUCUGCGAACAAUUGCUGGAGUUCCUCAGUGGUGAAAACAGCAACUACAAUAUAAUUUCUGCUAUUGGUCCACAGGGCGCUGGUAAAUCAACUAUUCUGAGUAUGAUUGGAGGGAAUAAUUCACAAGAUAUGUAUACCAGGCAGUACAUAUUCCGCCCAGCUUCUCGCGAAGCACUGGAAAGUUCUCGUCACCAGACAACGAAAAUGCAUGCUUACAUAACGAAAUCUAAACAGAUAUUUUUGGACUGCCUCAAACUGCGCGCUUCGUUGAGUGCUGAGGAGACACUGAGAUACGCAGAUCUCGCUAGGGACGGACGCUACGCUAUUAACAAUUAUAUUGAGAUUGUGAAACUGAUAGCCUUUCUCAUUCAAAUCUCCCACACUGUACUUAUCUGCUCUGAUUGGCUUAUCGAUAUUGAGAUGAUAAAGCUUAAAGCUAUAUCCAUAGGCUAA